AUGACUGCUAAACUUGCAGUGCCCCGCGGGUCUCGUCUUCUCCCCACGGACGACGCGCUGCUCUCAGCCUACCUCCGCCGCAAGAUCGCAGUCGAGCCGCUCCCCGCCGCUGCGUUCUUCCACGACGCCGACAUAUGUGCCGCGGGCCCCGCCAAGAUCACGGGGGACUACCAGGCCGGGAUGAGGCUCGAGAGCGUAUCCUGGUUCUUCUUCACCCGCGCGAGGCCCGAGAACAACGGCCACGGCGGCCCGGAGCCCCGCGCGGUCGGGGGCGGUGAGGGCGCUUGGCACGUUGACAGUGUCGGCGCUAGGGACGUGGUCGACGAGUGCUGA